AUGCGGUUACAAGACAAGAAUAUCCCGAAUGUAAAAAGAUUCAUUGUCUCCGAAAACAAGAUAAAGGAUCUCAUCAGUAGAACUCAUUGUCUGGAUUGUGAUUGCAAGAUUGACAGCUCAUCUAUUCGUGAAAGCAAGAAAAAGGUUGCUGCUGGUAGCAUGUAUAAUUACCACUGUGAGAAUGGUCAUGAUAACCACCGGGUUUCUACAGAAUACUAUGCCAGUAAAAGUGUUACUGCUAUCUUGAUACAGCUGAUGAUACUUUUACCUGGGUUGACAUGGGAACCAUGCGCGAACAAGGCAACUGCUGUUUUUAUGGAAAUAGAAAGCCGUAAAACUAUUCACAUGGAAAUAAGCGACUCCAGAGAAGUAGAAAGAAAGAGUCCUCGCAUGGAACGAUAUCUGGUGACCAAAGGCAUAAGAUAUAUUGUAGAACUUGUUUCGGAUGCAAGUUCAACUAUCAUAAAAAAUAUUAGAAAGUUACUUUCUAUUUUAGACUCAUCAGAAUUUCGAAAUAUACACCACAGUCUUGAUAUCUGGCACAAGGCAAAGUCUCUAGCAAAACGAAUCGCUGAAAUGGCUAAAAAGGCAUAAAACAGAUACAUCAUACCAUGAAUACGGCCCAUAAUAAACCACUUGUGGUACUGCUGUUCAAAAGCACAAGGGGAUGCAAACAGAUUAGUAAGAAAAUGGUUUGGCUUGCUUCAUCAUAUAACCAACCGACAUGAUUGGCUAAUUGGCAGACAUAUAAUUGAGUAUAAGCUGUUUUGGGGAUCUAUGUCCUAUUACACACGAUGUCGUCAAACGUGGGCAAUUGAAAAUUUUUAUUCACAUACACUCUUGUGGUAUUGUCCAAAACGAUUGCCAUUCACCUACGAUUCUUAUACCAUUAGAAACCAGUUCGCCAUCAUAGAUCACAAUACACACACCUCAGAAAAAAUAGACUUGAACUAA